UGUAGAAUAUGUAUUAUUCUAUCAUGUAUAGAUUUGAAUUGAAUGAUAAUUAAUACAACUUACAUGAGAAUAUAUAUAUAUAAGAAGAUAAAAGUAAAAGAGUAACAGAAAAUACACUAUUCAAUUUUUUUAUUAAAUUGGAACUAAAUGAAGCAGCAAGGAAAAUAGGUCAAGUGACUCUUUCUUCCUUUCUUUGUUACCAAUUCCAUCAUUAAAUAGUAUUAUAUAGUAGUACUAUAUGAUUAUUAAAUAAAAUAAUAAAUUUCUUCUUCUUUCUUCUUCUUCUCUCUACCACUCACUGUCAUUUUCCAACUUUAUACUCUCUUCUCUUCUCUCCAUCAUCGAUCACCACAUCCAUAAUCUUUUCUUCAUUCUCUUUCUCCAAAAUUAAUCCCCUUUCCCUUUCCCCCUUUCUUCUCAAAUAGGAUUUAAACCAACAAACACCAAAUCUUCUUCUUUAAACCAAAAAAAAUGCCCUUCCAAGGGAUCUCCAUUGAUCACCACCACCACCAUCACCAAUCUUCAAAUCCACUCCCACCUCCUGAUCUCUCUCUACAUAUUAGCCCUCCAAACCCUUCAUCCCAGAUAAGAAUCGAUCUCUCCGGCCACCGACGCUACCGGAAACCUGACACUGCCGCCUCCACCGACCUCUCCUUAGCCCACCCAUCAUGCAUUAACAUCUCAUCCACUACCCCUGAACUAAUCAAACACCAUUAUCAUCAUCAUAAUCAAUAUUACCAUCAUCAUCAACAACAGCCGCCGCCGCCGACGCUGCCACCGCCGCCUCAUAAAUUUCCUCCUCAUCACCACAGUUUGAAGCCCAUCAAGGGCAUCCCAAUCUAUCAGAACCGUACAUUCCCAUUCUUAGCGCUGGACCAUGGUAACAAAGAUGUGGAUGAUCAAAAACUAAUUUCCAACCUAUACCAUCAUCAUCAUCAACAGCAGCAACAACAACAACAAAUCUCGUCUUACCUAAACGGGUCUGGCUUGGAUCCGAUGUCCAUUUUAUCUCCAAACGGAUCCUCACCACCAUCCCCUUAUCAUAGGAGAUUUAACGGUCCUACUUUAAUGUCAUCAACUUCCCCAGGUCAAUAUCUCCAUGACUCCGGCGGCGGCGGAAACGGAUCGAUAAUGAUGAGAUCUAUGCCAUCAACAAGAUUCAGUCCAAAGAUGCCGCCGGUAAAAAGGAGCAUGAGGGCACCGAGAAUGAGAUGGACAAGCACCCUUCACGCCCGAUUCGUUCAUGCCGUCGAUCUCCUUGGCGGCCAUGAAAGGGCUACACCAAAGUCUGUUCUAGAGCUAAUGGAUGUUAAAGAUCUAACGCUAGCUCAUGUCAAGAGCCAUUUACAGAUGUAUAGAACUGUUAAGACAACAGACAAGCCUGCAGUUUCAUCAGGUCAAUCUGAUGGAUCUGGAGAGGACGAUAGUGAUUCCCGCGGAGCAGGGGGGAGUGGCGCCGCCGCCGACGUUCUAAGAAGGUUUAUUGAUCAAAGGGUAUCUAAUAAUUCCGAUGUGGCCAUUCAACUAGAAACAACAGAUAAUAAUUACCCUAAUUCAACUACUCUUUGGAGUAAUUCUUCAAGGGAGACUUGGAUGCAAACAGACACAAACAACGAAGAUUUCCGACCAUCUUCUUUGUCGUCACAUGGUAGAUUGAGAAACAUUUCGCAGGAUAACGAACUGAAUCAUUCGAAGAUAUUCUUAGAUUCCGGCGUCUUAAAUCAAAUAAACCCAAGCUUGGAGUUCACAUUAGGAAGACCAGAUUGGCGUGACAAAGAUGAUGAUUGAUCACUAAAGAGUUUUGUUUAACCAAAAUUAAAAUGUGUGGUUUUAUUGUAACCAUUAAUCUGUGGUUUUAGUGGUUUUUAAUAGCCGAAAAAAAUAGUAGAUGAAGCAAUAUGUUUAUCCUCUUAACCGGUAGGUCGUAGGUUCGACCUAUACUUGGCUUGGCUUGUUUGUCCCGAUAAAAAAAAUCGGGAGCUUCUAAAAGGUUUGAAAAGAAUCGAGGAGGAUAGAAGAAGAAGAAAAAACUAAAGUGUCCUACAGUUCCUUGCAUGUCAAGCCUCAUUUUGUAUUUUUGGCAUUUCCCCCUAGUUUCAUGUUAAUUAAUACAUGCAUUAAACCCUUUUUGUUAGUUUUUUCUUCUUCUUAUUCAUUAUUGUUGUAUUUAUUUUAAUUAUAUUUUCGGCUCCUUGAUGUAUAUGAUCUAUGAAGUUCGAGAGUUUGCAUAACUAUUUUGCUUAACAUAAUAUUUUUUUGAUUGAA